CGCACACUGCACGGAGGAGACACUCGGGACGCAGAUCAGUCGACUCCGUCCCUGUACAUUAGUUCUUCUAACCCAGGCAAUCUUAGUUUUCUGCCGUUUGCUGUUUCCUCCCCUGAUCUGCAGCGGCACCACGCACCCUCCUGCCCACAGACACAAUGUCGGAGCUUUCAGUGAAUGAACACCUCGAGGGGAUUUUAUCAGAUUUCGAAGCACUGAAGAGAUCCUUUGAAAUUGAAGAAGUGGAUGACAUACCACCCUUCUCCUCAGCUUCCCCUAUCUCCUCACCCAUUUCUCACCCUUCCUCGCAUUUCUUCCUUAACCACAAUAAAGCCACUGAGGGGAAAAGUGGAGAUGGCCAGUCCUCUUCAUUAGCCUUCAACAACAACAACUUAGACUCUACAGCCCACCACUCCUGCACAAGCCUGAAUUCCAAUCCCAGCCCUGUUCUCAAGUCCCGUACAGUAGUUAACAGCUUGUCCUUCAACCGAGGAACAAUGAACAAGCCCGCCGUCCACCAUAAUGGCUCCUCUGUGGCCAGAGCCUCAUCCUUCCAGAGCAAGUUAAAUCCCAAAAGCUACUCCAUGUUUUCUGGGCCCGGCAGUGACAACGACAGCCUUCACAGCUCCUCGUCCAGCCUGGAGUACUCUGGGGGUGGUGGGGUUGCCCUCCCUCUUAACAAACUUGGGUCAUAUCCUAGCCCUCCACCUCAGGGAGAGUACCACCGAACCCAACCCCCACAACAGCAACUAGGUGGAGUGGCCAACUUGGUAAGCAACUAUAGCAUGAAGAAGUUCUCCUCCCAUGGGAGUGUUUUCCACACCGAGAUGGACCGUGGGUCAGGGAUGAUGCUGGGUGGUCCACAUCCUCGGGGGAUGAACCUUGGCUCCAUGCCUACCCUAGACGUCCAAAUUUGUGAUGGAGGAGGAGGAAUAGUGGGUGGAGGCAGGUUGUCUCGUGGGUUGAGUAAUGCCAAUGCAAAUGCCAACUGGAAUGGUCAUCCUCAUAAUGACACUUCUGUUGUGGUCCCCAAGGUCCUCAAGUCUCCCCAGCCUAAGGUCAAAGAGAUACCGCGUCUCAACAAGUUUCCCUUGGAUCUGGACAGCUUGGUAAGCAGCACCUCCACAUCUCCUGCCAAGGCUCAAGCAGGAUCCAUGAACCCCAAGCCUACUCCAAGGAGUACAGGGGGCAUCCCCCACCACACCAGCCCUCCACCCACUUCAGCCAGCCCUUCAGCCUCUCUCAACAGCCUGGACAGUACUUCUGACACUCUGUCCCUAUCCCAGCACAAUCCCCUAUUGCUUUUCUCCCCAUGUUCUCCAAAACCUUUACAGGGCUCAGUUCCCAACCCAGAGAUGAGUUGCUCUCGAGUGCCCCUCACGCCAACCCAGAGCCCAAAGCUGGAGGUUAUCACAGGGCCCCAACCUGUUCAGAUGGUUGCCUUCCUACCUAGCCCUUACAGCUCGUCAAGCCCCUCCAGCCCAAGAGCCACUCGGCCUUUGGAGGAUUGUGCAGGGGAUACCAGAGAUAGUGUUGGCUCAAUCCUACAGAGGAUCGCUUCCUUCUCUCAGCCUGCAGCCACUGACACUACACAAGCAACGGUGACCCAGCUCCCUACAGGCCCAGGCAAUGGUUGGUCUACAAUCGGUUGCCCUGCUGUAACCAUGCCAAUGCCCUCUAGGAAAAACUGGAAGAAGAAUCAUGAAGACACUGCUGAAAAGCUGGAGACACCCCCGCCCACCCCAAUGGAGGAGAGCGAGGAAGAAGAGGGAGGCAUCCUGGGACAAGAGCAAAAGGAUGAGGACAAGAAUGAUGAACAACCCGCCAGCAUGCCUACCCAGAAUUCCAUGACAGAAAAAGAGGAGAACUGUUUGAAGGUUUGCCCAGUGAUGGAGGAGAAGGGGAAGGAGAAGGGAAUGAAGGAAGGAGAGAUGAAGAAAGAAAUGGAGCUGGAAAUAGAGUUUGAUGGGGAGCUCUGCCAGUCAUUGCCUGGCCAGCAGAUUAGCUUCAUCCGAGGCACUGACCUGUUUGGAUACGUGGGCAUUGAGGCAGUACUAGACCAGAUGAGGCGCAAGACUAUGAAGGCUGGUUUCGAGUUCAACAUCAUGGUAGUUGGUCAGAGUGGUUUGGGGAAGUCCACACUUGUCAACACUCUAUUCAAGUCCAAAGUCAGCCGAAAGUCCUGCAUGCCCAACUACGCAGAGGAGAUCUCCAAAACAGUCGAACUGCAUUCAGUCAGCCAUGUGAUUGAGGAGAAGGGAGUGAAAAUGAAGCUGACAGUGAUCGACACUCCAGGAUUUGGAGACCAAAUUAAUAAUGAGAACUGCUGGGAGCCCAUAGUGAAGUACGUCAAUGAGCAGUAUGAGAAAUACCUAAGAGAGGAGCUGCAUGUGAACCGCAAGGCGAGAAUACCUGACACCAGAGUCCACUGCUGCAUCUACUUCCUCCCUGCCACCGGACACAGGUUACGCCCCAUCGAUGUUGAGUUCAUGAAAAGGUUGGGGAAGAUAGUGAGCAUCGUACCCGUCAUUGCCAAAGCUGACACGCUCACAAUUGAGGAAAGACAGGAGUUCAAAGAGAGGAUCAGGCAAGAUUUGGUAGCCAAUGGGAUUCAGGUUUACCCCCAAAAAGAGUACGAUGAAGAUCUAGAGGAGCACAUCAUCAACGACAGGAUCAGGGAAAGCAUUCCCUUUGCUGUGGUGGGCACCGACAAGGAGCACCAGGUGAAUGGAAACACGGUCCUGGGCCGUAAAACAAAGUGGGGAAUCAUUGAAGUUGAGAAUGUUGCACACUGCGAGUUUGCCAACCUGAGAGAUCUACUGAUCAGGUCUCAUCUGCAGGACCUGAAAGAGGUGACGCACAACAUCCACUAUGAGACCUACCGUGUACGACGGCUCAACGAGAGCAACAUGAACUUCAGCGAAAUGGGACUGUCCACCAGGCCACUGGAGAAUGGAACUGCGGACAAAUGUGAAUCAGAGAGUCACCUCUAAUCUCUCUGUCGUCUCUGCUGAUGCUCCAGCACAUAAAAAAUGAGAUGCAGAAACGAUUUUUUCAAAUAUGUUUUUCCUUUUUUCAUCAUGGGACCAACUUGUUCAUUGUUUUUAAAUGAGAAAUUCUAUUACACAAGACAACAAAUAUGAUUAUAUUUUUCAAUGUGCGCUUAUACAGUAUGUAUUUCCUGGAAGGAUGGAGACAGGGCAAGGGAGAGCAGGCAGAAGAAGAUGGCACAAUAAGAGGGAACAUAGAUAUAAAUCUGCCAGUUGUAUUAAAUUUGAACAGACCUUAUCACCUAAUGGCAGCAUUGGACCUCUCUAAGGUCCAAUGCUGCAGCCAUGUUUUAGUAUCUGUUGGAAGGUCUGGAAGUAGAUGAGGGGAGGUUGUUACAGUACGAGAUUCAUGCUCAUGUUCAACUAUCAUAUGGGCAGAAUGUUUGGGUGUCACACUCCCACUUUGUACAGGUGUUCACACACAUUUACUAAUGCAGUGUAUCAUUCUGUCCUGGUUGGUUUUGAAUAUGACCUGAAGGAGAAGCCAAUCAUGUUGUUGCUUCAGGACAGGUUUUUAAUUAUUUUGACGAUUAAUGUAACAAUGAACACCAAGCAACAUACAAAUAGUUAAAGCAUGCGGAACAGGUAAAAUAACCCCCCUCAAUAAAACUGUCAAUUUAAGAAUAUGAGCCUGUUCAGUUGCCAAUGCUGCCCUCUUCCUUUGGACUUAACAUAUUACUUAAAGUACUCUUGAAUUGAAGUACUCAAAACUUGUGAGAAUCAAGUCAACCCACGUGCUGUGGAGAAGUGGAGGAUGUGCCCCUGGUUUAAGUUGCUUUUAUAACAAGAUAGCUGCCUUUUAUAACUGAGCUGCAUUAAUUAUAUAUGUGGCUGUAGAAAAUAUAAACAAAAUGAUUAGACUGUAGAAUUUUGGAGGACAUGUCGUAAUUCAUCAUUCUGAGUUUUGACAUUUGCUAGCUUCUUUUUCCAGUCAGGUCUCUAUGUCUACACUUACAUGGAUAAAACUGAAUAUUCUGUUUAUGUUUUGAAUAUUUUAGGACCACACUUGAGUCUAAGAUACUUUUUUUAAACAUGUAUUCCCUAUUAAAGUGCCAAAACAACUGCUUGAUUGAAGUUGUUAUCCUCUAACUCAUUUUAAGCUAAACUAAACUCCAAAAUGUUUUUUGUAACAUUUGUAACACAGAUAGAAUAAAACAAGUCUUUAUGUCA